AUGGCAAGCCUUCUUCCCAUGGGCGUCUACGCUCUCCAAGUGCCCGCCGGCAUAACCAUGCCUGCGCAGGUCGAAUGGCCGGGAACUAUCCGCAUCACCAUGGCCGCCCUGGAUCCCAGCGCCGAGCCAGACCUCGACGCAGCCACAGACGUCGCGCACCCGCGCGCUACCCUCAAGAUUAUCCGCACGCCUGAUGGCGAUGACGAUGACGAUGGCGACGAGGACUACGACGAGGACGACGUUGAGGCCAUCAGGCAGCGUCUUGGAGGUGCUCUGUCCGACGACGAGGACGACGAGGAUGAAGACGAUGAAGAUGAUGAGGAAAAGAACGGUGGCCCAAGUGAUCCCGCCAAGACCAAGAAGGCCCGAAAGGAAGCCGCUGUCCAGCAACUCAUCGACUCAAUGAAGGAUGACCAAGAGAUGGACGACGCGCCGAACGGUGUCAAUGGAAAGACUGUCAACAAGGGCAAGGCCAAGGCUACAGACGAGGAUGAGGAGGAUGAUGACGAUGAAGACGAGGAUGGAGAGGAGGUGCAAGAGUUUGUCUUGUGCACUCUGGACCCGGAGAGGCACUACCAGCAGCCCCUGGACAUCACUAUCCGCGAACACGAAGAGGUCUACUUCCACGUCACUGGAACGCACAGCAUCUACCUGACCGGCAACUACGUUGUCCCACCCAAUGAAGAGGAUGACGACAACGAAGACGAGGAAGAUUACGAUCUCUCACCCGAUGAAGACGAGCUCGAGUAUGGCGACGAAGAGGAAGAAGAUGACGAGCUUGACGGCCUCGAGGAUCCCCGAAUCAUGGAAGUCGACACCGACGAGGAAGAACCCCCCAAGCUGAUCGAAGCCAAGAAAGACAAGAAGGGCAAGAACAAGCGUCCAGCCGACGAGUCCGAGGAAGAUGUCGGCCUCGACGAUCUGAUCAGCAAGUCGCUCAAGCCAGCCGAUGCCGCCGCCGCCACGAACGGCGAGCAGAAGCUAAGCAAGAAGCAGCUCAAGAAGCUCAAGAAGAAUGACGGCCAGGCCGCCGCUCCUGCCGCUACCGUUCCCGUGCCAGCGGACGAGAAGGCCAAGAAAGACGCAGAGAAGGGCGCUGUGAACGGCAAGGCAGAUAAGAAGGUCCAAUUCGCCAAGAAUCUUGAGCAAGGCCCGACCGGCUCACCCAAAGUCGACCCCAAGGCCGAUAAGAAGGCCGACAAGAAGGCUGAAACAAAGGAUGAGAAGCCCGUCGCAACAACAGGCAUGAAGAUUGUCCAGGGCGUCAAGAUCGAGGAUAAGAAGUUAGGUGCCGGGCCCGCAGCCAAGAAGGGCAACAAAAUUGGCAUGCGGUACAUUGGCAAGCUGGAGAAGGACGGGAAGGUCUUUGACGCCAACAAGAAAGGCAAGCCCUUCACCUUCAAGCUCGGCGCCGGCGAAGUCAUCAAGGGCUGGGACAUUGGUGUCGCCGGCAUGGCCGUCGGCGGUGAGCGCAGAAUCACGAUCCCGGCUCAUUUGGCGUAUGGCAGCAAGGCUCAGGCUGGCAUCCCGGCGAACUCAACACUGGUGUUUGACAUCAAGAUGAUCUCGCUGGACUAG